CCAACACAAAAGCAAAAAAGAAAAAAAGAAAAUAGAAAAAAAGAAAAAUACAGCAUCGCCACCACCACCAACCCCACCUCCAUUAAUAACCAGAAGAGAAAAAGAAGUCUAUUUUGAGAUACCCUUUUGCUUCUUCUCUCCAAUCUUGAACACCGCAUCCGCCAAUUUCGCAAAGCCAAGAAGCAAUUGCAAAAUCCCCAACCAUAACCCUAGCAUUUUCAAACUAAAAUCAGCAUCGAAUUUCCAAGUGGGGCAGCUCGCAAAUCUAUCAACAAAUUCAGUGGAUUUCGCCACAGAUGAAGCACAUUGACUGCGCCCCAUCAACCCCGGGAAAGUUCAAGAUCGAGAAAUCACCCUACAAUAGGCUGCGGCUGCAUUCGUAUCUAGCUAAGCUCACUUUCUGGUCGCUUGUGUUUCUCGGAUUGAUCUAUCUCUUCUUUUACAGAUCACCAUCUUCAUCACCCCACACUACCUCAGAUCCUUCUAGAAGGUCGCUUAGGUCCAGUUUCUAUCGAGAUGCUAACUUUGAGAAAAGAGUCAGGGCCUCAGCUAAGAUUAGGUCCAGAAAUGGGAUUUCUGUUUUAGUAACCGGCGCCGCCGGUUUUGUCGGCACACACGUCUCCGCCGCCCUCAAGCGGCGGGGCGAUGGCGUCGUCGGCCUUGAUAAUUUCAAUCAUUACUAUGAUCCCUCGCUCAAGAAGGCGAGGCAGGCUCUGUUGGAGCGCACAGGGGUGUAUAUUGUUGAGGGAGAUAUCAAUGAUGCUUCUCUGUUGAAGAAGCUUUUUGAAAUCGUGCCUUUUACUCAUGUUAUGCAUCUGGCAGCGCAGGCCGGAGUUCGUUAUGCUAUGGAGAAUCCGAGCUCUUAUGUUCAUAGCAACAUUGCUGGAUUAGUCAGCUUGCUUGAGGUUUGCAAGGAAGCAAACCCUCAGCCUUCGAUUGUGUGGGCUUCGAGUAGCUCUGUGUAUGGAUUGAACACCAAGGUGCCGUUUUCGGAGAGGGAUAGGACUGAUCAGCCUGCGAGUUUGUAUGCUGCAACUAAGAAGGCUGGUGAGGAGAUUGCACAUACUUACAAUCACAUCUACGGGCUUUCCCUCACCGGAUUGAGGUUCUUCACGGUUUAUGGGCCGUGGGGGAGGCCUGAUAUGGCGUAUUUCUUCUUCACUAGGGAUAUGUUGAAAGGGAAGUCGAUUCCCAUCUUUGAGGGUGCUAAUCACGGGACUGUGGCUAGGGAUUUCACCUACAUUGAUGAUAUAGUGAAGGGGUGUUUGGCUGCAUUGGAUACUGCUGAGAAGAGCACUGGCAGUGGUGGGAAGAAGAAGGGGCCGGCUCAGCUGCGGGUGUACAAUCUGGGGAACACUUCGCCUGUGCCUGUAUCGGAUCUUGUGAGCAUCUUGGAGAGAUUGCUCAAGGUGAAGGCAAAGAGGUUGGUUAUGAAGCUGCCUAGGAAUGGGGAUGUGCAGUUUACACAUGCCAAUAUAAGUUUGGCGCAGAGGGAGCUCGGGUAUAAGCCCACGACAGAUCUGCAGACAGGGCUGAAGAAGUUUGCGCGGUGGUACCUCAGUUACUAUGGGAGUGGCAAGAAGAGCGCGCAAUGAUAGUGGAUACAAAAAGUUUUGGAUUUGUGCGGUAGAACCCAUUCUAUUCUUUUCCAUUCCUAUUCUUAUAAUUGUUUCUUAAUCUAUAUCUGUGUUUUGUUGGCACAAUUGUUCUUGCUUUCGAGUAUCAUGAUUUCAUCGUAUAAAGAUGAGAUUCCUGAUCCCACGAUUGAAGUUCUUGUGGCCUGUGGGCAUUGAUUGAUUUCACCUGGUGUUUGUGAUCUGCAUCAAAGGCCACACAAGAUAUUGUCAUUCAUGGGAUUGAUUGUAUUUGUUGUAGUUUACUUGUAGAAUUCAUAAACUGGUGGAACAACUUGCUGAUUUUGAUGGACAUGUGUUGAUCCAAAUCCGAUUCAAAUAUAGCACUUGCUUUGCUGUUGUGUAUCAAUAAAUGAACUUUGUUUCA